CUUGCUUCUCUCCUUCCUGCUACCUUUUGGACAUCGAUGGAGUAUCUGCGAGGUAUAUGUGGCCUACCGAAGAUCUCCGUAUCCGACUGUCAUCGUAAACGCGAGUGCAGUUAAGCAAAAAGUGAUCAUGGCCUCCGUUCAGGCCAACGCCGACCAGCCGGGCAUCGGCCCUUUGACCCUCGCCGUCGACUUCCUCUCCAAGGACAGACCACCAUUCCUGCCAUUGGUCGUGUCCAACCUCAUCCUAAACCACUCGGCAUCGUCCUCCACCUCGGCAAAUCAAGUUAACGUUGUCGAGGGUGAGUUAGGCGCAGAGCCUGUGCUGGUGCUUCCCGAUGGAUCUACCGUGACGGGCGCAACACAGGUUGCGCAGAAGCUCGCCUCGGCCUUCGCUGCAACUGGCAUGUACGGCUCAUCGCAGGCCCAGAGCAAGGAGAUUGAUCAGUACUUUGCACAGGGAGACAAGCUCCUCACAGCAGAUUUUGCAACGCUCUCGUCCAUCGCGGAUGAGGUUGACCAGCACCUUGCACUUCGGACCUUCUUUGUCGGACACAGCAUCACCGCUGGCGAUGCUGCCAUCUAUUCGGCUUUGCGAUCCAGCAGCGCAGGUAUGGGUCUCGUCCGAAGGGGCACCCACAAGCAUCUUGCACGAUGGUACAAGUACCUUGAGCAGGUGCCCGCCUUCAGCGAUGCGUUGGCAGCCAUCACAUCUGCGAAGAGCAACAAGGACCGCAACAAGAAGGCUGCCUCCUCUUUUGAUCUUUUCCUUGGCGAUAAUCCCAAGGAAGGUUCCGUCGUCACUCGUUUCCCUCCGGAGCCAUCAGGAUACCUGCAUGUUGGGCACGCCAAAGCGGCCAUUUUAAAUCAAUACUUUGCUCAAAAGUACAAGGGAAAGCUGAUUGUCCGCUUUGACGACACCAACCCGAGCAAGGAAAAGAUGGAGUUCGAAGACUCUAUUGUCGAAGAUCUCGCUUUGAUGGGAAUCCAGCCAGAUAUCCGCUCUCACACAUCCGACUUUUUCGACGAGCUCUACCGUCAAGUCAAUUUGCUCAUCCAGCAAGGGGACGCCUACGCGGACGACACGUUGCAGGAGCAGAUGCGUGCCGAGCGCAUGGACGGCAUUGCUUCUAAGCGAAGGGACUCCACAGUUGAGGAGACGAUGGAACGUUUUGCAGAAAUGACAAAGGGAACCGAAGAGGGUCGCAAGUGGUGCCUGAGGGCAAAGAUGAGCGUCGACAACCCGAACAAAGCCAUGCGCGACCCUGUUAUCUACAGGUGCAACAUUGAUGUUCCACACCACCGCACUGGUGCGAAGUGGAAAGUCUACCCGACGUACGACUUUGCAGCGCCAGUUGUCGACUCCCUUGAAGGCGUCACACAUGCACUGCGUACGAACGAAUACCGCGACCGAAACCCGCAAUACUACUGGUUCAUCGAGAAGCUCAAUCUGCGCAAGCCUCAAAUUUGGGACUUUGCUCGGCUCAACUUUAUCUACACGCUGCUGUCGAAGCGGAAGCUGCAGUGGUUUGUCGACCGCGGUCAUGUGCACGGCUGGGACGACCCUCGUUUCCCGACAAUUCGAGGUAUCAGGAGGCGUGGUAUGACGAUCGACUGCAUCCAGCAGUUCAUUCUCGCCACGGGCCCAGCGCAGCAGGUCGUCAACAUGGAAUGGGACACGAUCUGGGCUCUCAACAAAAAGAUCAUUGAUCCGGUUGUUCCACGUUUCACUGCGAUCGAAAUAAACGACAUGGUCACAUGCCACAUUAAUGGCGCACCUCCAUCACACGAGAAGGCCGUUGCCAAGCACAAGAAGAAUAUCGAGCUUGGCACGAAGACCACGACGUACGACUCACCAGUGUACAUUGAGCAAGUCGACGCGCAGAGCUUCGCGGAAGGGGAGGAGAUCACCCUGAUGGACUGGGGUAACGUCUUUGUCAAGUCCAAGAGGCUCGCUGCGGAUGGCAAGACGGUUGAAUCGCUCGAGCUCGACGCGCACUUCGAGGGGGAUUUCAGCAAAACGGACAAGAAGGUCACCUGGCUCGCCAAGACGGCCACUCGGCCGCUGGUCGAUGUCGCCCUUUUGGAAUUCGACUAUCUUAUCACCAAGAAGAAGCUCGAGGAGGAAGACCACUUUGAAGACUACCUCACACCUGAGACGGAAUUCCGCUACGAUGCUGUUGCAGCGUUUGACGUCAGCGAACUUGCUGAAGGCGCAAUGCUCCAAUUCGAGCGCAAAGGCUACUAUAUUCUCGACAAAGCGCAGGGCAAAGACGGGCGCCGCGAGUUCAUCAAGGUUCCCGAUGGCAAAGCGGCCGGCGUGGCGAGCAAGCACGCAGGCAUCGAGAAGACUGAGGACCAAAAGGCCAAGAAACAGGCGGCCAAGAGCGCGCAAAAGGCCAAAGACCCGCAGGUUGCCACGCAAGCGCUCACUACUGCUUGCCGCACCAAAUCAGGCACUGACAGCGCUUUUGAUAUCGGGCAAGAUGCGAGCAAGGCGACCAACAUGUACAAGAUGCCCCAGCUCACUGAGGACGUUGACACUCCGGCUCUCACUUCGAUGUACACCAUGAAGCCGCUGUACUAGAGCGCACACACUCAUGAAAUCGCAAUACUGCAUUGCUAGAUGC